AUGGAAACUACAGAACUUUAUCGCAUACUCAAUAUGACACGUGAUACUGCUGUUGCUGGUGUUGCUGCUGCUGCGACAUGGAAACCAGAGAAAUUGACCCAAAUGCUUCGACACAACAUGUAUUGGAAUAUGGAGAUCAUCCAUUUUGUAUCACGCAUCAAAGGUUUCUUGUGUACCUGCUCUAAGCGUAUGAGAUGCAUGCAUACUGCGGCAUGUCCGAUGCACGGGGUUCUACCACCUUAA